AUGGCGAACAACAAACUUGAAUAUAUACCAUUGGUAGAGGUGGAUGGCGAAGCGGAACAAUUUGAUGAAAUGCCAAAAGUUUCACAACAAAACCGCCGAGGCCGUGGGCAACAAGACAAUGUGCCUCCACCUCCCUCACCUCCACCACCACCACAACCACAAGCGUUUAUGGAAUAUCUUGUUACUAAGAAGAGGUCGAUGAACUUUGAAACGAUCAAGGUCACUCAUCAAGUGAGUGCAAUUGUCCAUUCCAUGGCUCUUAAGUUGGAAGAUCCCGUCGCUUUAACCAUUGCGUGUACUAUUGGAAGUGUCGAUUUUUCUAAAGCUCUUUGUGGUCUUGGGGUAAGUAUCAAUUUGAUGCUCUAUUUGGUGCUCAAAACUUUAGGGAUUGGGAAAUCAAGACCUAUAUCUAUGAGGUUGCAAAUAGUUGAUCGUACGAUAAAAAAACCGUUGGGUGUGGUUGAAGAUGUAUUGGUCCGAGUUGAUAAAUUUAUUCUCCCGGCAGACUUUGUUAUUGUUGAUUGUGAAGUUGAUUAUGAAGUGCCUAUAAUUCUUGGGAGGCCUUUCCUUGCUACAGGUAAGGCCUUUUGUGAUGUUGAAGCCGGAAAACUCACUUUCCGGGUUGAUGAUGAACAAGUGGUAUUUCAUAUGUGCAAGUUUAUGCGCCAACCAAAUAGCAGUGAGGUGUGA